AUGAAAGUACUAAAUCAACACAAGUGUCAGAACCUCCAAAUUUCUAAUCUCCUAAACAAUUAUGGAACUGCUGCACUAUCAAAUAAACUAAAAACUGCUAAAAUACAAUUCUUGAAUAAGGAAGAUGAAGUGAAAUUUGUAGAUGUUGCUCCAGAAGAACAGACUGCUAAAUUGCAUGACGAAAAUUGA